UCAGGCUGGGCAGCCAAUCUCUGACCUCCUCGAUGAAUAUGGCGAGUCAAUGUCAGAGAAUGCAAAUGUCACUUUGUGUCCUGAGAGCAUUCACUCAACUUUACAUCCUCUCCCCAAACCCACCCUGUCCAAUCCAUGGCCCCCACACUUCUACUGCGUUCUCUGCUGCUCCUGGCUAUUGUUCCAGCUGUCACUUCCCAGGAGAACAUCUUCCAGAGGGUGCUGCUGUCCCUGUUUCCCCCAGGACAGACUGCGCUGAACUCCAGCGGAGUGGAGGUACUUAUACAGCAUCUGGAGGACCGUGUGCAGUGUGGGAAUGAGACGUGUGAAAAGUGCCUUUCCCCCAAAAUUGUAUUUGAGGCUCUGAAUCUGUCUGAAGACUCUCAGUUGAGUGUCAACGAGUAUGUAUUGGUAUCUGGAGAGCUCCUGUUUUACAUAUCGGACCCCCAUGACGCCUGUGAAGCCAUUGCUCAAGGUAAAUGGAAAGAAGAGACCUCUGCAUUCCUGGAAGGAUCCCAAUCCCAGAGUCCGGAAGUGAUGGUCCUUUAUCUGAUGAAAGCCAUUAGUUCCAAGUAUAAAGGACACAUACAGCCUUGUCUUAAUGCUCAGGAUAUUUUAAGUCUGACCUCGGACUCCAACAACCUGACAGAGAUUGCCGCUGCUACACUAACUUCCAUCUUGGAGAAUAGGUGCCUGACUGUCCUCCCACCUCCAAGCUUCUUCUUGGGCUACAUCUACCAGCAGAUGGCCAAUGGCACUGCCAAUAUGACUCUGGAUGGUCUGACAACACUCAUGAUAAAACUCAACCUGGUGACGGAAGAUGACCACGAACAUGACCAUGACCACGAAGAUGAUCAUGACCACGAAGAUGAUCAUGAUCACGAUGUCGAUCCUGACCACAACCACGAAGACGAUCAUGACCAUGAACAUGACCAUGAAGAGGAUUGUGCAGAUAAUACAACCGGAAAUCACAAUAGUAGUAAAUGUACGCAGAGACGCAGCUUGGCUCGAUCUGAGGUCAUUCAUAUACAUCACUGGAAUGAGACAUGUUUCAGCCCUCUGCAGAUCCUAGAUAUUUAUGGAGUGGACCUUAAUCAAGGAAUCUCUUUCGACCAAUUCACUAGAAUUAGUCCCAGUCUUAUCCAGCAGCAGCUAAGUCAAGCAUGUGCCAACCGUCAUGAACACAGCACGCUGGACGGACAACUAACCAUCGCACAAAAGUACAUUUAUGGCAGUAUCGCUAAUCUGAUAGUGUGCCUGUGUUCCCUGUGUGGAGUAUCCCUCCUCCUGUGUACAGCCUGCACCAGUGCCUCUCAAUAUAUCAUCCAAUUCUUCAUGAGCCUGGCUGUGGGGUCACUGACUGGUGAUGCAGUGCUGCAUCUUAUACCACAGUUCCUGGGUCUGCACUCUCACAGUGACACAGAUGGCCAUAAUCAUGAUGAAGAGGACGACCGGUCCCACGUAUGGAAGCUACUGGUUGUUUUAGGAGGUCUCUAUGCAUUCUUCCUCCUUGAAAAACUCUUCGAUAUCUGCAUGGGUCAUGAGGACACAGAUGAACAUUCCGGUCAUGGACACAACCAUGGCUUGUCUCUCCAGACCUACCAUGAAGACCAGAACAAGCAGAAGUCCGAGUCGCAGGCAGACCUGGUAAAUUCUGAUGAUGUGGAAGGGGCUGGGAAAAUUAAAAUAAGAAAAUCUCGUGAGCAGCGAAUGAUUCCCUACAUGAUCACUAUCGGAGACGCAAUUCACAACUUUGCAGAUGGUAUGGCGAUCGGAGCCGCAUUUUCAACCUCAUGGAAAACUGGAUUGGCGACAUCACUUGCUGUUCUCUGCCACGAAUUGCCCCAUGAACUUGGUGACUUUGCGGCCCUCCUACACUCAGGGCUCCGUGUUCAAUGGGCUCUUGCUCUUAAUUUUGGCAGUGCUCUCACCUCGUUCAUUGGAUUGUACAUUGCACUUUCUAUAUCAGCCGAUGAAGCUGUCCAGCAAUGGAUAUUCACUGUGGCCACUGGUCUCUUUCUUUAUGUUGCUCUGGCAGACAUGCUACCAUGUAUGAUGAAUGUGAAAGAUCGCCGGCCGUGGCUUCUCUUCUUUCUCCAUAAUCUGGGGCUUCUUAUUGGCUGGGUUAUUCUUCUUUUAUUGUCACUUUACGAGGAGAAUAUUGCACUGUGAAUUCCACAAUCACCAACUUAUAACUGGACAGAGAUUUCUUCAGCAGAAUGUAUCUAUCUUACUUUACUUAAUCAAACACUGAGUUAAAAAAAAUAAAUUCUAAUUUUUAAAACUCCUGUCCCAUCCAAACCACGUAAAUGCUCUGUCAGCAAACCAGUCUAAUACAUAGAAAAACAGUUAGACCGAUUAAUAACCAUAUCUGUUAGACCAAUCCAUUCUUUACAAAGACUCAA